UUUUGAGAACUGGAGCAUACGUCCAUUCGCCGCCAUAGCAAGUUAGUAGAGCGUCCAUAGAGUGGACUUUGCUUGUUUGUCGUAAAUGGUCGUCAUUGUUUACUAAUGUCUUUACAUUUCAGGCCUUUCAGGUGUGGAGACUAACAAGCCAGCUGCUUAAGACUUGUCUAAAACUCUGGUCACGUUCGCGUAGCUGUAUUUUUAGACAGCACCCUGGUCGUUAUAUAACAACACCAUGAAGACUGGACCGCAGUACGUACUGUUGUGUGUGUUGGUAAGCCUGGCAGUUCACGGAAUCAGCGCGGGGAAGGUUCUCGUGGUACCGCCGGCAAUAGAGGGCAGCCACUGGUUCCCUCUAGCGUCAGUCGGCCAGGCGUUAGCGGGGAGAGGGCACGAAGUCACCGUUGUUGUCUCGGAGGACAUCGUGGCCAAACGCCGCGCGGAGAAACCUGACCUGCGGUUCGAGCCGUUCUAUGACGGGGGCAGCCGUGCUCGGGUGGAAGCCAACACAGGCCAGAUGAGCAACGUGUUCAACAAGUCGGUGUUCAGUUUAAUGCAAAUUCUGAAAGGUGUGAUCGACUCCUUGGCACAACACUGUGAUCUCCUGUUAGGGGAUGCUGAUUUGAUGGGGAGGCUGAAAGAGGAACGUUUUCAAGUUGUGGUAGCAGAGCCCUUCUUUUGUCAAUGCGGGGCCAUAGUCGCGGCUUACCUGGGCGUCCCCCACGUCGCCCUCCUACGAGGUGACCCAUCGGGACUGGACGCCCUCGCCACAGGUGUGCCCCGCCCCCCGUCUUACGUACCAUUUUUCAGCUUCUGGACUGGUUUUACCGAUAAAAUGACUUUCUUACAGCGAGCAAAGAACGUCGUGGUGUCGCGUGUAGCUCCCCUGGUGUUUCAGUGGGUCGUGGGACGCAUCAACUAUGACCUGCUGAGAAAGUACCUCGGAGAGGAGGAGACUCUCUUGGGGGUUUUGGCGAAGACGGACGUGUGGCUGUAUCAAACUGACGUUCUGCUCGACCUGCCGAGUCCGAGGAUGCCGAACAUUGUCGACGUGGGAGGGAUAGUCGCCAAACCCGCCAAACCGCUUUCAGAGGAUUUAGAACAGUUCAUGCAGAGUUCCGGCAGUGAUGGAGUCGUAGUGGUCAGUUUCGGGUCACAGGCCAAGACUAUCAGCCUGGAAAGGUCAGAGGUCAUGGCAGCAGCCUUCGCGCGGCUCCCACAGAAGGUUGUGUGGCGGUACACGGGAGAGAAGCUGGCCGGGUUAGGCAACAACACAAAGACUAUGAGCUGGCUGCCACAGAACGACCUACUAGGUCACUCGAAAACCAAAGCCUUUGUUACCCAUACGGGGGCUAACGGUAUGUUCGAGGCCCUGUACCACGGCGUGCCCAUGGUUUGUACGCCUCUGGGUGCAGACCAGCCCGGUAACGCCGCUCGGGUGGUCUCCAGAGGCCUGGGAGUGAGGCAAGACUUCAACACCUUCACACCAGACACACUGCACCAGGGUAUUGUGCAGGUUCUCACUGAUAAAAGCUACCAUGAGAAUGCCGCCCGUCUGUCCCGUCUGUACCAUGACCGGCCCCAGUCACCCAUGGAGCGGGCCGUCUGGUGGAUAGAACACGUCAUCCAACAUGGCGGACUGCCUCAUCUCCGCGCACGCGCCGUGGAGCUACCGUGGUACCAGUAUUAUCUCCUGGACGUGGCUGCGUUCCUGUUGGCCGUCUGUUCAGCUAUUCUUGUGCUAAUCUGGUUCAGUUGUUCUCUCCUCUGUAGAAAGAUUUGCCUCAAAAAUGGCGGCAAACUGAAGUCUCAGUAGAAAAAUCUAAUCCUAAACAUUGUAGCUGCCGCGCUUUCUAGCAUGCACUAGGUGUUACUAUGAUUGUAUAAAUAUAAUUAAUUUUUAAAGGAUAAUUAACUACCAUGAGGUGUAUAUGGUGUGAUAUGUCCGUGUAAGUAGAAAUAGGUGAGGAAUUUAGUAAACGUUAUUAUCAUACAACAUGUACCCGUUUAAAGUUUUGUGAACUAAAUGCACCAUGUGCAACGUUUUGUGUCCCUAGGAUCGUCUUGCAUGUUCAAUUUGGGGUCACCAGCGGUGAUUUAAACAGAACACGUGUUCAUUAACGGUUAAAAAUAAUAAUUUGGGUUAUUCCCUGUGUUAGCAAGUUUAUUUACAUAUUUAAAACAUACGUUUUUCAUCCUU